CCCGGUACUCGUCUGCCUUUGUGGUGUGUGAUCUCUCGCUGGUCUCAGGUGUUGGCUGUCCUCCGGCCUGCCGGCGCCUUGUCUUUGGCUGGGAUUGUCUCUCUGCGGCCCCUUGCAGGUCUUCCCAGGAAGGGAGGGCUCUCCGUGCUGGCUCUUAGGGAGCUGAUCUUUGUGCUGCCUGCCCCUGUGGGCCUGGUGGCCUUCUGGCGGCGGGGGCUCGGCCUGGCUAUUUGGGGCGGGGCUCUCUGGGAGGUGGAGGGCGGCCCCUUUCCUUUCAUGCAUUCUCAGUGACAAUUACACGCCCACACAUUCUUGCACCUUUAUAUAUAUGAAGUCUUCCCCACAUACAGAGAUACCUGUACAUAUGCACACUCACAGUACAUACGUACUUCCCCACAUUACUCACUGAGUUAACCAGGGUGUUAUUAUGUUGUUGGUUUUAUUACAGCGACGGUGAUAUCAGCAAUAUGAUUAUAGUUUUUUUUACAAUGAUAUGCAUUUCAGUUAUUGUCAUUCUGUUCACUAUCAUAGUUCAUCAUUUCAUUACUACUAUUAUGUGUGAUUGUUUCAAUGCAGUAUUGUCAUUGUGAUCACUAUCAUAGUUCAUCAUUUCAUGACUACUAUUAUGUGUGACUGUUUUAAUGCAGUAUUGUCAUUGUGUUCACUAUCAUAGUUCAUCAUUUCAUUACUACUAUUAUGUGUGAAUGUUUCAAUGCAGUAUUAUCAUUGUGAUCACUAUCAUAGUUCAUUUCAUUACUACUAUUAUUGUGACUGUCAUUGACAGCGUUGUCAUUGUGGUUGUUGAUAUUGUUUUGUCCUUUGUCCUUAUGUCCUUGUUCGUCUUUAUAGUCAUCACAGACGUUUAUUUGCUGAUGUAGUUCUGUAUGUUUCUGUUGUUCUGUUCUUGUUGUCACAAUUGUUGUUUCUGCUGUUGUCCUUGUCUCUAUCUUUUUUUUGUCCCCCUCUUAUGUCCCCCUCCGCAUCCCCCCCCCCCCGUUUUCUUUUCUCUUCUUCUCUGUCCCCUCCUGCUCCGGUCCGGUUGCUCCAAAUUAGCUUAAUAACAAGCAUCUAAGUCAAAUAAAUCUUGAAGUGUAUAUCACACUUCUCCCUGGCAGAGUAAAUCUGUUGAGCACUUGAGGGCAUUUAGAUCUACAAUUCUAUCUACUUUAAAGGCUGGACAGGACAGGGAAAAAAAAGAAAAAAAAGAUUCACCCAGAUUAAAUGACUUUCAACAGAGCACAGCAGACGUGUUCUUUAUGUUGCUGUCCCCGCACCUUCAAUAAAGAUUAAGCGCUAUUAUGCUGGGUGUUAGCAUGCUAACAGCUAGCAUGUUAGCAUUGCUAGCAUGCUAAUAGUAACAUGUUAGUUUUUUGUUUUUUUCAAAGGUAUAAACUUACAUAGAUAGUGUUGUCAUGUUUGGUAUUAGCAUGCUAUGUUAGCGCUAUUAGCAUGCUAAAAUUUGCAGAUUAUAUAUUGUGUCAAAAGCAUAAACUUACAUAGAGAGUGUUUUUUUCAUAGGUGUUAGCAUGAUAACAGUUUACAUGUUACCAUUUUUAGCCAUUUUUCAGGUAUUAUCUUACAUUGGCGGUUAGCGUUAUUAGCAUGCUAAAAUUUGCAUAUCAUAUAUUGUGUCAAAAGCAUAAACUUACAUCGAGAGUGGUUUUGACAGUUGUCAUGCAUUUUGGUCCGGCGUCAGCUCGUGAGGGUUUGGGCGCAGGAUUCGACAGCGAGUGCAGCAUUGCUGUUCGGCGUCAGCAUCGCCAGCAUUCACACUCAAUUUCUCCUGAUAUUGCACAUUUCUAGUUGAUAUUGUUAUAUUAUUUACACACUCCUUGGACAUGGGAGGGUUUUCAAUGAGAGCCGAUCGCCGUUUUAUUAUUUUAAUAAAAGGGAAUAAUUGAAUUAUUUUGUUAUUCAAAUUUAUAUUAUUCAUAUGUUCUUUCACAAAUAAGUUUGCUGAUAUAUUUUUGCUUAAAAUCCUGUUUUAUUGUGAUUAUGAUCAACAAAUGAAAUCACAAAAUCAUUCAUCCAUCCAUUUUCUAUACCGCUUCAUCCUCAUUAGGGUCGCGGGGGCAUGCUGGAGCCUAUCCCAGCUGACUUCGGGCGACAGGCGGGGUACACCCUGGACUGGUCGCCAGCCAAUGGCAGGGCACAUAUAGACAAACAACCAUUCACACUCACAUUCAUACCUAUGGACAAUUUAGAGUCUCCAAUUAACCUCACCUGCAUGUUUUUGGGAAUGUGGGAGGAAGCCGGAGUGCCAGGAGAAAACCCACGCACACACGGGGAGAACAUGCAAACUCCACACAGAAAUGCCCAAGGGAGAAUCCAACCAGGUCUUCCCAUCUCCAGACUGUUCCUGUGUUGGCCAACGUGCUAACCACUAGACCACCGUGCGGCCCCCAAAAUCCUGAAAAAUGAUCGGUAUCGGUGAUAUUGGCUCUGCAUUUACAUGGACGCUAAAAUUCUGUAUCGCCCAACCCGAUGGGGCAUGUCCUCACUAAAGGAGCCCUGGCCGCCAGCCAAUCAGGGAGGAGCCGGAAGUAGUGUGUUUUUGUUGUAGUGUUCAUAUUGUUAAAAUAUUGAUAUUGUUAUAUUUAUAUCUUGUUAUAUUAUUUACACACCCCUUGGACAUGGGAGGGCUUUGAAUGAGAGCCAGCAGUAGUUUUAUAGUUGAAGUAAAAGGGAAUCACUGGAUUAUUUUGUUAUUCAUAUGAUUUAUUUAUCUGUUCUUUCAGAAAUAAGCUUGGUGAUUUUUUCCUCAAAUCCUAUAUUUUAUUCUGAUUAUGAUCAAUAAAUUAAAUCACAAAAUAAUUCAAUGAUCUUGAAAAAUGAUCGGUAUCGGUGAUAUUAGCUCCGUAUUUACAUGCUAUUUCGCCCAAGUCGAGGGGGCGUGGAAAGGCAAGUGUAUUUAUAGAGCACAAGUCAUACACGAGGUCAUUCAAAGUGCUUUACAGAAAAGAAGGGUAAAAUCACUUCAUAAAAUCAUUCCAUAAAAACAUAAAAUCAUCCUAAAAUCAUGACAUAAAAUUCCAUACGUGAGACGUAUACCCUCACCAAAAGCGCCCUCGUCGCCAGCUAAUCGAAGAGAAGCCGGAAAUCGCGUCACUGAAAUUGCGAGGAAGCUGGUGUCCGGACGCGCCAAAUUUCAAAGCACUUCCUCCACAGAGGAAAGAAAGCAAGCGACGGCGUCUAAAUACCGACGAGGGGAUUCGAAUAAAAACAAAAAUUCCGUCGACGCUCGACGGAUAUGUCGGAGGCGAGAAGCCGGUCAAAGCUGUUUUGUCGCUAUGAGACACAGAGGGAACACAGAUGAUGUAUUAUUGAGGCAAGACAUCUUUAUUCAUAAAUCCCCCCCACGACACCAUCAUUUAUUCAUGUCUCUCCAGUGCUAAUGCUAAUGCUAUCACCUGUUGGCCCACACUGACCCCCAGCAUACCCGCCUAGAUUCACGGCCGAUGCCUUCCACGUAAUCAGAGCGACUCCCUGAAUGCAUUGCGGCCUGCUGUAGCGCACGGGGGGUGGGCGGGGCUCCAAGGUCAAGUUCAGAGGCGUCAGUCAUGCUCUCGGGGGUGCAGCCUUGCUUCCAGCUGCUGCGCAUCGGCUCCUCGGCGGAGGACUCGGCGCGGGACCUCUACACCUUCAGGCCGGCGCUCGCCAGCUCGGUUUUCCGGCUGGGCCGAGCGGCCGAGCUCUGCGAUGUCACGCUGGACUCACCGACGGUCUCCCGCAUCCACGCCGAGCUGCACGCCCGGCGGGAGGCGGGCGGCGGCGAGGAGGCUAUGUCUCAGGAGGAGGGGUGGAGGGUCCACAUCAAGGACAGAAGUAGUCACGGCACCUGGGUCAAUGAGGUCCGCCUCCAGUCCGGCGUCCAAUGGGAACUUUCGGAUGGUGACACGCUGACAUUUGGUGGACACUCAUCACCCAGGAGCCCUGAGUUCUACUUCCUCUUCCAGAAGGUCAAAGUUCGUCCACUGGACUUUGACGCCAUCACCAUCUCAAAGGCGGGAACCUUUUCCUCCGACCUGCAGAACCGAAUCAGAACCAACCCGGACCGCAAGGCGGUGCCGGUCGUGGAUCUGUCCAAGCUGUCCAUCAACCGGGCCACCGUCAUCCUCAACUCCAUCGGCAGCCUCAGCAAGAUGAAGGGCAGCGCCUGGACCUUCAAGAGGAGCCACAGCCAUGAGGGGACCGCCUCCGACCCGGGCUCCUCGUCCUCGCCACCGCCUCUCAGCACUGGCCCCUCCCCUCUCCUACCACCCUCCACCCCGCCGUCGCUCGCCUCCAAGGCACUCCCGCCGGCGUCCCGGAGCCGCAGGAAGUCUGCUCACACGGUCCUUCUGGAGGACGACAGCUCAGACGAGCCAAGGAGCAGGACGGCGCUGGUAGGACUGGAGGAGGAAGCACAACGAGCGCGCGGCAGGAAGAAGCGGCGUCUCUACAAGUCCGAGUCGGAUGAUCUGGGCUCACUGCCGCCGCCUCAUCCGCUCCAACCCAAUGGCCUCGGUGAGCUUCGCCGUCCGCAGGAGUCCAAACCCUUCCCCGUGGGGAUCAGGACCAUCGGAAGCUUCCACGGCGCCAUGAGCAACACCCGACUGGACCCGCCCCUCCUCCCCAAGCCGGCCGCUGUGCACCGACAAGAGCACGAGGCGCCGCGGCACCUUCCAGGUGGCACGCGGGGAAACACGGUUGCCUUCCGUCAACAAAGGCCCACUCAGCCAGCUGUGAGGGGCCGCAGGAGAGCUCACAGCUCUCCGGUUUUCUCCCCCCUGGUGGUGGGAGGGGAGAACUACAGCCUGGCGUCGCCCUCGGUGCGGAUCCGCGCGGCCCCGAGGGGCAGGGCGGCGUUCAACAGGUUUCACCAGCAGCCCGGCAAGCGACGAGGCCGACCCCGGAAGCACCCUCUUCCUCCUCGGCCGUCCCUGCCCUCGCCAUCGUCCUCUUCUUCGUCCUCCACCUCCUCGGCUUCUUCCUCCUCGGACUCCUCCUCCUCGUCCUCCGAUGAGGAGGACGAGGACGAGGCGGCGGGGCCGUCUGGGGCGGUGGAGCCGUGUGCGGCUCCCCGCUGCCUGCUGCCCCAGCAGGACACGGUGCAGUGGAUCCAGUGCGACGUGUGCGAUGCCUGGUACCACAUCGACUGUCUCCACGUGGACUGUAAGAAGCUCCUGAGGGACCCCAGCGCUGACUUCCACUGUGGCUGCUGCUGAGGACGCUUUCCUUCCUUCCUUCUCACGUAAGCCUUCAUCAGCGAUAACUUGUCACUUCCUGUUGCUUCCUCGCUCUUGGAGGAAUCGAACACGCACACCGUAGGCCUGAACUACACUUUCCCUUCCACAUUAUUGGUGCUAAAACUUGAUGAGACAUCAGCGUGGGCGUGCUCUUGCUUCAAGGCGAAGAUGAGGAGGAGGGGGAAGAUGCUGAGGCUGGACAAUCGUGUCUCACAGCGACUCCCCACUGGUCACUUCAUUAGGUACACCAAUUAAUGCAUCGAAAACGCAGUUCCUCCUGACAACAAAAGUGAGCAUUACCUCAGGUCAGCGAGCGUACCUAAUGAAGUGGCAGGUGAGUGUCCACAGGAAGUUCGAUGCUGACCUCAAAAGGGCAACAAAAGUUCCAGAAAAGGAAUGAAUGUUCUGGAACAUUUCUGAGCGUCUUCGUCGAGUCUUUGGCACCCCCACGAGGUCGUUGGUUGAGCUGCAGUUUUACUUGGCAAGCAAUAAAAUGAAAUAUAACAGAAUGUACGAACUUGUUAAUGAGUGUGGUGGUAUAGUGUGCGUUUUCACUUGAGUUCACACGAUUUUGUUCAUCUGGUAAGGUUUUUUCCCAUCGAUUUGAAGCUUUAUUGUUAAACAGCGUUCCAAUCCACCGGAAAAGACUUGCUAUGCUCACUAUCGCCCCUUGAGGAGUGUAGUGGUAUUGCAUGAAAGCGGUACUAGCCUUUGUGUUCUUUCGGUCAGAUAUAGUUGAAAUCUCCCCAAUUAAUAUUUCAUCUGGCUAGAAAUGAACAUAAAAUCACUUUUGGUAAAUUAUUACUUCAAAAAAAAAAAAAAAAAAAGCAAAUGAGAUCCACAAUGAUGGCACCGUGUCGUCUAAAUGAACCUUUCAAUGCCAUUGUUAUGGUGCUUGUGGUCCAGCAGGGGGCAGUGUUGGUUUGCAGAUGUGCUUGAUCACAGCGCCUUCGUGUACGCGUGUGUGUGUGUAGCAUGGCUUCAUUCAACUCAAUGAUGUCUCACUUUCUUUAUCUGUAGGCCAGUUGAAGGAUCAUUCUGUUAUCUUCUAGCAAGACUUUCCAAAGGAUCAACUGGGCCCCAAAAUGGCUGCAAACGCUGCAAUUCCCAACCAGUUUUCUUGACAUGUCCGCUCCUGUUUGUCUUGCACAGGUGUACCAAAUAAAGUGGCUUAGGGCCUUCCAGGUUCA